UUGAUAUGCGUUAACCUUGAAAUAAUUUGCAUGCAUAGCCUAUCAAAGGUGGAAAGAACCUACGUUGAUUAAACACAUUUUUGUCAUGUUAAAAAAAAAGAAGUGUCAAAUUUAGCCUUUCCGCAGGUGCACCAUAUAUACUGGUAACUUUUUUCCGAAGUAAAGGGAAGUGUAAAAAUUAUUUAAAAGCUUUUUUUAGGGCCCCCUCUGUAGAAAUGGGCUAUCACAGAGGAAGUAAGAGGAAGGCUAACGAUUAUCUUACGACCACCUCUGUGGAAAUAUCACAGAAGAAGGAAGGGGAAGUUCACACACACAGACACACAGACAGAUAGACAGAGGGGGUUUCACGGCAGCCUCCUCCAGCUGUGCAGCGCUCAAAAGCUGCAGCAGCUCUCUCUGUCCUCCAGAGGCGAUGCUGGAGUUUGGAGAGAGGAGUGGACGGCGCAGAGCGCAGCUGUCAUGCAGCGCACGGGCUUAAAAUAGACUCAAAGUUUUUUUACAUUUGGCAAUAACCUGCUGUUUUCACCUGCUGUCCGACAACAUGGAGUACUGGAGGCAAUGUGCGAUGUGGCUGAUCGGCUGCAACGUGCUGCCCGCGAACCACCGGGUGACUGCGGACACGGCGCAGGUGUUCGACCUGGCGCAAACCCUGCGGGACGGGGUGCUGCUGUGCCAGCUGCUCAACAACCUGAGGUGUCACACCAUCAACCUGAAGGAGAUCAAUCUCAGGCCGCAGAUGUCACAGUUCCUGUGCUUAAAGAACAUCCGCAGAUUCCUAAUGUCUUGCAAUGAGGUGUUUGGGAUGAAGAAGAGUGACUUAUUUGAAGCCUUCGAUCUCUUCGAUGUUCGAGACUUUGGAAAGGUUAUGGACACUCUAUCCAAGCUCUCCUACACAUCAAUAGCGCAGCAAGGAGGAUUCAAGCCAUUUCCAACAGAGGAGAGCCUAAAAGACGAAGACAUUUACAAUAAUCUGGAAGACUUGAUUGAUGAGAAUGUCCCUGAGGAUGAAGACGACUUGUAUGCGGCGGUCUAUGGGGUGGAGGAAGACUACGCUGGUGGAGAGAUCUAUGAAGACCUCAUGAGGACUGAGCUGCAUCCCCCAUUGAAGCAGGCAGAGGUGGAUGUCCGGAGCUGCUGCCUCACAGAGAUAAAACAGACGGAGGAGAAAUACACAGAAACCCUGGAGUCCAUUGAGAAGUAUUUUCUGAAUCCUCUGAAGAAAUUUUUCUCCGCAUCUGAAAUUGACAAAGUUUUUGUCAACAUUCCUGAUCUGGUUAAACUUCACAAAAGCCUGAUGGUCGACGUGCAGGACUCCAUCUUAAACAAAAAUGCCUUAAAUCUCUACCAGAUUUUCAUCAGCUACAAAGAAAGACUGCUUAUUUAUGGAAUAUACUGCAGUCAGGUGGAGAUCGCCAUCGCUGUUUUAGACCUCAUUUGCAAAGAAAAAGAGGAUGUUCGUCUAAAGCUGGAGGAGUGCUCAAAGAGAGCCAACAAUGGGAAGUUUACACUGAGGGACCUGCUGGUUGUCCCGAUGCAGAGAGUCCUCAAGUACCAUCUACUUCUUCAGGAGCUAGUCAAACACACUCACGAUGCUGCUGACAAGAGCAACUUGAAGAUUGCUCUUGAUGCCAUGAAAGACCUGGCUCAGUUUGUCAAUGAGGUGAAGAGAGAUAACGAGACUCUAAGGGAGAUCGACCAGUACCAGAGAUCUAUUGAAAACCUGAAUCAGCCUCUACGCAGCUUUGGUCGACCAAAGGGUGACGGAGAAGUGCGCAUGGUCUCCAGUGUUGACAAGAGGAAACAGGACAGACACAUCUUUCUAUUUGAUGUGGCUGUCAUUGUGUGCAAGAGGAGAGGCGACAACUAUGAGAUGAAGGACAUACUCGAACUCAACUACUUCAAGAUCACAAACAACCCCACUACGGACAGAGAGGGUAAAAAGUGGUGCUACGGGUUCUAUGUGACUCACCAGCAGGGACACGUCGGCUUUGAACUCUUUUUUAAGACCAGAGAGCUGAAGAAGAAGUGGCUGGAUCAGUUUGAAAUGGCCAUAUCAAAUAUCCGUCCAGAGAAGGCCAACCACAACUCUCACCAGUUCAAGAUGCACACCUUUGAAAGGAUCACCUCCUGUAGUUUCUGUCACCUCUUGCUCAGGGGCAUCUUUAACCAGGGUUAUCUCUGUCAAAAAUGUGGGCUGGGGGCUCAUAAGGAGUGUCUGGGCCGACUGGGAGUCUGUGGGAGAACAGAUUCCGCCAAGCCGAAACCCAAGGAAAGCACAACACCACCAGACCCAGGUUUACCCAGGAUGGUUGUGAUCAGAGACUACAGUGGCAUCCCCUGUCCCCAGUGCGGGCCCCCACUAAGCAUUCAUGCGGGGGAUGUCAUUGAACUGAUGUUUGCCGACCUGCACAGCUCCUGGUGGCAGGGAAAAAUUCUGGCGACAAGCAAGAUUGGCUUCUUUCCAAGUGAUGCUGUGAGGCCUUGCCCGUGUGUUCCAAAACCUGUCGAUUACUCUGCCCAACUCUGGUUUGCAGGGCCUAUGGAGAGGUACCAGGCUGAGGUGGAGCUUCUGGACCGAGGAAACAGCACCUAUCUGGUUCGACACAGGAGUAAAGAGUGCACUGAGUACGCCAUCAGUAUCAAGUUCAACGAUAAAGUGAAGCACAUUAAGAUUCUGACCAAGAAUGGCUGCUUUUACAUCGCUGAGAGCCGGCUGUUCAAGACUGUGCUGGACUUGGUUGAGUACUACAAGCAGCAUUCUCUGAAGGAGGGUUUCAGCAGUCUUGACACCACUCUGCAGUUUCCCUAUAGGGAACUGUCCAAUGGAAACAUGCCCAAGGCCAUUACCAAGGCUGGCAGUGUUCCUCUCGGCAGCUGCAGCUUUGUUCCUCCCUCCUCCUCGCCUUUCUGGUCAGUGUUUUCUCCCAGGGUGGUGGGUAUUGCAGUGGCACGCUAUGACUUCUGCUCGAGAGACACACGGGAGCUCUCCCUGCUGCAGGGAGACAUUAUCAAGAUCUAUACCAAGAUGUCCAAUGGAUGGUGGAGGGGAGAGGUUGACGGCAGGAUGGGCUGGUUCCCCUCCACCUAUGUAGAAGAGGAGGACUGACUUUGCGGGAGGACUAACGUCUUAGCAGCGUCCAUUCAAAGCCGACCACCUCCAGCGAGCACCAUGCUGCUCAGCCACUCUCUUUGCCCCGCAAGUCAGAUCUCUUUGAUAAAACCCAGAGACUCGGACUAAAGAGGAAGCGGCGGUGCCCUCAAAAACCUUCUCCUGCCCUCUGACAGACUCUCACACGGUGCAGAUGUCAAAUCACAGAUUCCAGGAGCGUCACGCCAUAUCUUGCCUCUCUGCGGCCCUGUCUGCCCCUGCGGCCCACCGGGGAGUGCAUGUGCUGUACCCAGAUAACCCCCCACCCCACCCCACCCCACCCCCGCCUCCCUUCCUGCUCACCUUGUCUUAUUAUUGAUGACUCCAUUGGCUGGUGUGAGACUUGCCUUCACUGUCAUCAUGUUUCGAUACCAGGAAGGCUCAGUCACCCAACUGGAACACAGAUCCUGCUGACAGCGCACCGCCUAGGUACCGCACCAAAUUGAAAUGCAGGAGCUGAGGAGCUUUGACUGUUGUUGGAACACUGUAGCUCUCUUGGCUGUUUAGACUUUUGUGCUCAACUUUCUGUCAAAGACUUUUGUAUUUAACAGUUUAAAUCACCUGACUGAAAUGAACAAUGUGAUAUAUAUGAUGAAAUGCACUCGCUGAAUUGUGAUCUGAUGCAUUGUAGUAAAAGGAUGUAAAGAUUUCAGUAAAGCAUCAAGGACAUUCACAUAUAGUGUGUUCGGUAUCUUGAUGACUAUUAGUCUUGUGGACCCAGAAGUGAUUUGGUCAUAUCAUUACAGGACAGGUCUGGAGACCAAAUAGUUGAUUACUUUGUUGCACAACAUAAUAAAUAAUAUGUUGUUGUGGAAAAUAUUGAAAUCCACCGCUGAUAAAGUUAUGUCUCCAAGCGUUGAUUCUUAUUCACUUAUUAUUUCAACUUCAAGUAGGAUUUUCAUGAGACAUUGGAUUGGUGUCAAAAUGUAUUAACUAGUUCAUCCGUUCAUGAUUCCCACCAAAAUGUAAAGCAAUAGUUGGAGAUUUAUAAUACACUCAUUUGUUCUCUUGCCAAAAGUUAGAUGAUAAGAUUGAUUCCAUGCUCAUAUCUGUCUGUUCAAUAUGAAGCUGAGGGCGGCAGCUUGUUAGCUAAGCUUAUUAAAAUGAAGGAAAAAGCAUCCACACACACAAACCUAUUGUUCCACUGUCUACAAUUUCCGCUACUAGAGGUAGCAACUGAGAACUAGAUGAGACGGUGUAUCAUCCCUAUGCAACAACUCUCUGUACUUCCGUUCUGAUUUACUACUUCUUUAGGCUUAUUUUGUGGCUGAAUAUUAUGUGUAGCUUCUUAAAAUAUGAAUGAGGAUAGUGAUAGUGAGAUACUGGCUACAGCUGCAUUUGUAGUAGUGAUGACAUGGCGAAAACCAUGAACAA